AUGAAGUCAUUUAUCGUUGCUGGCCUUGUGGUUGCGGCCACUGCCCUUCCCCAGGCCGCUUCUGGCUCUGAGUGUGCAGCUUCGGUUGAUGGAACAUUCACCAUUACCACCGUCAAGGCCCCCGAGGCAGAGAAGAAGCGUGCCCUCGCCCGCCGCCAGCUUGAUGGUAUCCUCACGAUGACCCUCAAGGAUGGUGUAUUGAAGGACCAGGCCGGUCGUGAAGGAUACAUUGCUUCCAACUACCAAUUCCAGUUCGACGGCCCAGUCCAAGACGGUGCCCUCGAAGUCGACGGCUUUGGCCUCUGCAGCAACAACUCGUUGUCGCUAAAGGGCUCCACGCUCUUCUACCAGUGCCUCUCCGGCGAAUUCUACAACCUCUACAGCCAAUCCAUCGGCGAACAGUGCCUCCCCAUCAACAUCAUGGCCGUCAUGGCCACCGACAACGACGGAGAAAGUGAAACCAAAGACCCCGAAGUCACCCAAAUCUCCGACGGCCAACCCCAAGCCUCGGAGCCAGCAGUAACUCAGAUCUCCGAUGGCCAACCCCAGGCCUCUGCCCCAGGCUCUGCUCCCCCACCACCGCCACCCGUCACUCAGAUUUCCGAUGGCCAGCCUCAAGCUUCCGCCCCAGGAUCUCUUCCACCCCCACCACCCCCAGUUACACAAAUCUCAGACGGCCAACCCCAAGCUUCUGCCCCAGCUUCCGAGUUCCCAACCCCCAUCGUCACCCCAGAGCCCGAGCCCGAACCCGAGACUUCUCUUCCCGCCGUAACCCAGAUCUCGGACGGCCAGCCCCAAAUCACUGCUCCCCCCAGCAACCACAGUGCCACAUACACCACCCCUCCCCUUCCUGACUUCACCGGUGCCGCGGCUACACCGUCGUCGUCGGUGGCUGGCCUAGGUGCGCUUUUGGGUGGUGUUUUCGCC